UUCUCCUUUCUGAUUACAUCUCGCCCCGGGCCGGCGCCUCUGGGCACCCCUCCUCGCCCUGGCUGUCCCUGGCUUCGUCCCCUCCUCCCUGUUACUCCUCCCUUUCACCUGUGCCCGCGUCCUCUCCCCUCUCCCUCCCCCGAUCCUGGUCCCCCAAGUGCGCGGGGCAGUUCGGACGGUGUCAGCGAGACUUUCGGGGAGGGAUGGUGGAGUCGUAGGUGGUGAGAGUGCAGGCGACUAACCCACAGUCGGAUAAAGUUCAUGGUCAAGUCUCCGUAUAGAAGUAAAAUGGAAAGACAAGCGUGCUCUCCCCUGUCGAUAGCCGAACGGAGGUGCGCCCGGUAAUGGAGGAAGGGAGCGGAAAAGUGUGUGCGAGCCAUUCUAGGGCCGGCGGGUGAACUUCAGAAAAAAGCAAAGUUGCCGUGAGCCGAUGGAAACUUUAGACGCUGGUGAUGAGGAGAAGGAAAAGCAGAGACCUGUCACCCUGAAAACUUGGCCUGGUGCUAUGUCAUCGUGAAGAAUUGCCUAUAUUGCUUUGACCAACUGUAUGGUGGCAAGAAAGUGUAACAGGAUUUGUCACAUGUUUGACCUGAGAGGCUUAUAGUGCAUUCUACUGGAAGCAUCUUUCUACAGAGGAAACAACUUAUCUCCGAUUGUUGGUGGAGGCUUGAAUUUUGAUCUAUGACCUCCCUACAUCCAUUGCCUGACAGUACUUAAUGAUCACAUGACCCUGGACAUGGAUGCUGUCCUGUCAGAUUUUGUUCGUUCCACAGGAGCCGAGCCAGGGCUGGCCCGAGAUCUCCUGGAAGGAAAGAAUUGGGAUGUGAGUGCCGCCCUCAGUGAUUUUGAACAGUUACGUCAGGUCCAUGCUGGGAUCCUGCCCCAAUCCUUUAGUGAAGGGAGUGGUGCCUCCAGGAACCCUGAGAAAGGGUUUUCUGAUAGAGAGUGUACUCGCCCUCCCCGACCUACUCUACAGCGGCAGGAUGACAUCGUUCAAGAAAAACGCCUGUCUAGGGGCAUCUCCCACGCCAGCUCCAGCAUUGUUUCCCUGGCCCGGUCCCAUGUCUCCAAUGGUGGGGGUGGGGGGAGCAGUGAGCACCCCCUGGAAAUGCCCAUCUGUGCCUUCCAGCUUCCAGAUCUCACUGUGUACAAUGAAGACUUCCGCAGCUUCAUAGAGAGAGACCUCAUUGAACAGUCCAUGCUGGUUGCCUUGGAACAGGCAGGGCGUUUGAACUGGUGGGUGAGUGUAGACCCCACCUGUCAGAGGCUGCUUCCUUUGGCAACUACUGGAGAUGGAAACUGCCUUCUACAUGCAGCCUCUCUUGGGAUGUGGGGUUUCCACGAUCGGGACUUGAUGCUGCGGAAAGCUUUGUAUGCACUGAUGGAAAAGGGAGCUGAGAAGGAAGCAUUGAAACGACGCUGGAGGUGGCAGCAAACACAGCAGAAUAAAGAGUCAGGGCUGGUAUACACAGAGGAUGAAUGGCAGAAGGAAUGGAAUGAGCUGAUCAAGCUUGCCUCAAGUGAACCCCGGAUGCAUCUAGGUACAAAUGGAGCCAACUGUAGUGGGGUGGAGAGUUCAGAGGAGCCUGUAUAUGAGAGUCUAGAAGAAUUCCAUGUCUUUGUCCUUGCCCAUGUGCUUAGGAGGCCCAUAGUCGUCGUGGCAGACACCAUGCUGAGGGACUCUGGGGGAGAAGCAUUUGCCCCUAUUCCCUUUGGGGGAAUCUAUCUGCCCUUGGAGGUCCCCGCCAGCCAGUGUCACCGCUCCCCUCUGGUGCUCGCCUACGACCAGGCCCACUUUUCUGCACUUGUGUCCAUGGAGCAGAAGGAGAAUGGCAAGGAACAAGCUGUGAUCCCACUUACAGAUUCAGAGCAUAAGCUGCUGCCCUUGCACUUUGCUGUGGACCCUGGAAAGAGCUGGGAGUGGGGCAAAGAUGACAGUGACAAUGUCCGAUUGGCCAGUGUAAUCUUGUCCCUGGAGGUCAAAUUGCAUCUGCUGCAUAGCUACAUGAACGUGAAGUGGAUCCCAGUGUCCUCUGAUGCGCAGGCUCCCCUGGCCCAGCCUGAGUCCCCCACUGCCUCAGCAGGAGAUGAGCCCCGGUCCACUCCUGAGUCUGGCGAAUCAGACAAGGAGUCAGUUGGCAGCAGUUCCACCAGCAAUGAGGGCAGCAAGCGGAAAGAAAAAUCAAAACGAGAUCGGGAGAAGGACAAGAAGAGGGCAGAUUCUGUGGCUAACAAACUGGGCAGCUUUGGCAAAACCUUGGGCAGCAAGCUCAAGAAGAACAUGGGAGGCUUGAUGCACAGCAAGGGUUCUAAGCCUGGAGGGAUGGGAACAGGGUCAGGAGUGAGCAGUGGCACCGAGACACUGGAGAAGAAGAAGAAAAACUCGCUGAAGAGCUGGAAGGGUGGCAAAGAGGAGGCAGCUGGGGAUGGGCCUGUGUCUGAGAAGCCUACAUCUGAGUCUGUGGGUAAUGGAGGGAGCAAGUAUAGCCAGGAGGUGAUGCAAAGCCUGAGCAUCAUGAGGACUGCAAUGCAAGGGGAGGGGAAGUUUAUUUUUGUUGGAACCCUGAAGAUGGGUCACCGUCACCAGUAUCAGGAGGAGAUGAUCCAGCGCUACCUUUCUGAUGCUGAGGAGAGAUUCCUGGCAGAGCAGAAGCAGAAGGAGUCAGAGAGGAAGAUCAUGAAUGGAGGGGUAGGAAGUGGGCCUCCUCCAGCCAAAAAGCCAGAGCCAGAUGGUGGGGAGGAGCUGCUGACUGCCCCCCAAACAGAGUCCAAGGCAAUGGCAUUUUCUACUGGCUACCCUGGGGGCUUUACAAUCCCUCGGCCUUCUGGGGGUGGAGUUCACUGCCAGGAACCCCGGAGGCAGUUGGCAGGGGGUCCAUGUGGGGGUGGCCUACCACCAUAUGCCACCUUCCCUAGACAGUGCCCUCCUGGGCGACCCUACCCCCAUCAGGACAGCAGCCUUUCUCUGGAGCCAGGCAGUCACUCCCAGGAUGGAGUUCAUAGGGGUACAUUGUUACCACCCCACUUCCGUGUGGCUGAUUCCUAUAGCAACGGCUACCAAGAGCCCCCUGAGCCAGAUGGAUGGGCUGGAGGGCCCAGGGGGCUUCCCACAACCCAGACCAAAUGCAAACAACCGAACUGCAGCUUCUAUGGACACCCUGAGACAAACAACUUCUGCUCCUGCUGUUACAGGGAAGAACUGAGGAGGAAGGAACGGGAACCGGGUGGGGAGCUGCUCGUGCACAGGUUCUGAAUGAAGGGACCUUGGAGGGCAAGGGGGUAAACCAAGAAAGUUAAGCUCAACUAAUUGGCUCAUCAAGACCCAGCCCCCAUACCGAUGGGGCAAAUGCAGUAAUGUUUGUGGGAGCCUGGCUAGAAACUUUUAAGUGUGUGGGUGCUGGAGAGUUGCCAGGCUGGCAAGAGCAGGUCAGGGCUGGACGGUGCCUCAAGGGCUGCACUAGUCCUUUGCAGAUCUUAACUUGAUGGGACUGAGGAGGUACAAAGGAGAAAGAUGGUGAUUCUGUCUCAUAACCCCUUGGGUCCAUGAAAGCAGUAGGGGCAGGUUUGGAAUGUGGGGAUGGGGAGAUGGUUAGCCAUCUGGGAAAGAGGCAAAGGUGGUUCUCAGUCAAUAAAAGAGAAAAAACAGA